CAAUAGUGAGCGCCGCUGCAUUCCAUCGUUCAGUUGCCCGUAGGCCUAGCCAGAGCCGUUCACGUUGUUACCGGCGUCUCUGUGACUUGCGCGUUUCGCCAUAACGCGCUCCUUUCUUUCAUUGUUCGACGAGUUUUCAAACGGUCGCAAGCUAUCCUUCGUUGCUCGGACGCAUUCGGUGUGCAUGGCGCGCGGAUUGGAUUAUUAGCGCCUACCUGAAGCCGUCGUCUUCACAGCGACGUUUUGACUCGCGCUUGGCGCGCAACGCUACACACUCAACCGGGCGUCCCCCACCCAAUGGAACAAACCGGCAAGAGGACCGACAAGAAGAGAACGCACAAAGACGGCACCCCGGGGGAACCUGAGGAGUUCAUCGUUGAAAAGAUACUCGACCGGCGCGUGAGGCAGGGCAAAGUCGAAUACCUGCUCAAGUGGAAGGGAUACGGUGACAGCGAGAACACUUGGGAACCUGAGGAGAACCUCGACUGCCCGGGUCUCAUAUCGCAGUUCGAAGAGAAGCGCAAGCAGAAGGCCGAGUCACAGUCGACCAAGAUGAAAGACGACGCCGACGCCCCGAGCCGCAAGAAGAAAAAACAGGACGGCGACGCCAAGCCACGUGGGUUCGACCGCGGCUUGGACCCGGACCGAAUCAUUGGAGCCACCGACUCGUCCGGUGAACUGAUGUUCUUGAUCAAGUGGAAGGAUUGUGACGAGGCUGACAUCGUGCCCGCUCGAGUCGCAAACGUCCGCUGCCGCAGUGGUGAUUCUUUCUAUGAAGAGCGUCUCAUUGGGACACUUGCGGCGGGCGAGACGAAGACACCUCCGACAAGGCGGCCAAGGCUUAGCAAGCUCGGAGGGGAAAAACAAAAUGCCCGCCAUUGACCAUCCACCGGCUGCAA